AUAUUGAUAGUAAUUGGCAACACACACACGAACUACCAGCCACUUCUCGAUUCAUUCAUUUCAUUGCAACACACCAACUCUCUCUCUCUCUCUCUCUCUCUCUCUCUCUCUCUCUCUAAAACUAUGGAGGAGAACCGACACCAUCAACGCCGUGAAUUCUCCUUCUUAAGCUCAGGCGGCGACUUCCACCGCCACAAUCUCAAUCUUGAUUGUUCCACAAACAACACAGAUCCUCCUACUCCUCCUCCCUUCAAAGAAAUGGAUUUCUUCAAAAUUCAUCCUCAUAAUAGCAACAAAGAUGCUGCUGCUGCUGCUGAUGAUGAUCACCACCAACAACAACAGCAACAGCAGUAUGAUCAAGAUCAACGUGACACUCAUCUCACCAUCACCAAACAUGAAUCACCAUCUCUCGUCACUCAUCACCCCGUAAACACUGGACUGAAUUUAACAUGCUCAAGUUCUGCAAAUAAUGGUGAAGAAAAUACUGAAACUGAGCUGAGUAGAGUUGAAAGUGAAUUGCGGAGAGUACAAGAAGAGAAUCACAAGUUGAGAAUUGUGUUGGACCAGAUCACCAAAAGCUAUAACCAACUACAAGCUCACCUGCACUUUAUCGUUUUGCACAAACAAAACCCUCAUCAUCAGAUAAUUGUGGAGCAGAAUAUCGAAAUAAAUGGGAUGAUAGCGGGACAAAAAUAUGUGGACCCAGGACCAUGCACAAAAUUAGAUGUCAAAAUUGAUGCAUCAAUUAAUUCUGAUGAUAAGAGUGAUCGCGAGGCAUCAAUUUCUCCUUCAAACAAUAAGGAAGUGAUGUCAAACAAACGCGACCAUCAUCAUUUGACUACUAAACCAGCUGAUCUUGGAAAGCAGCAAGCUUGUCCUGGUCCUACUGGAGAUGUGCUUGACCGGUCAUCCUCACAGAGUUUGGGCUCACCCAAGUUAGAAGAAUCCAAAACUGCUGAACACGUUGCCGGUGACCAGUUUCAGCUCAGAAAAGCCAGGGUUUCCGUGCGUGCAAGAUCAGAAGCUCCCAUGAUUAGUGAUGGAUGUCAAUGGAGGAAAUAUGGACAAAAAAUGGCCAAGGGUAACCCUUGUCCUCGUGCCUACUAUCGUUGCACUAUGGGUUCAGGAUGCCCAGUCCGCAAGCAGGUGCAAAGGUGCGCAGAGGACAGGACAGUGCUGAUAACAACCUAUGAAGGCAAUCACAACCACCCUCUACCACCACCUGCCACUGCCAUGGCAAGCACCACUUCAGCUGCGGCGAAAAUGCUGCUUUCAGGAACAGCCGCCUCAUCAAAGGAAGCGCUAACAACCUCAGCAGGAUACUUCUCUUCACUGCCCUACGCUUCAGUGGCAACCCUAUCAGCUUCUGCACCGUUCCCAACGAUCACCCUUGACCUUACCCACCAGUACCACCACAACCCCAUGCAACUUCACCGAGUACCACCUGGUGCAGCGGUCACAUUCCCUCUUCCACUAGGGCACCCUAUGUUGCUCUCCCAGCAGAAGCUGCUACCACCUGCGGCUCUCCCCCUUCUUCAACUAGGACAACGACCACCAACGGUUGAAACAAUGAGUGCAGCCAUUGCUUCGGAUCCGAACUUCACUGCAGCAUUGGCAGCAGCAAUCUCAUCAAUCAUAAGAGGGAGUGAUGGUCAUAAUAACAGUAGUAGUGAUGUUAAUAACAAUAGCAAUAAUGGAAGUGCUAUUAUUCCCGGUUCACCACAACUUCCUCAGUCAUGCACUACAUUCUCCACCAACUAGGUCUACUAGCUAGCUAGUGUGUGAAUUUUGAACCACUCUAUGUAGUUUAUAUUAAUCUAUAUAUAUGUACAGAAGGAGCAGAAUAUUAGGCCUUCGAUCUUGGCUUGUUGUUAUAUUAUAUAUUUAUAUAUGUAAACAAAUAAUUUGAA